AUGUCAACUCUAAGUGAACAUAAUUAUGAUAAAGUGCAGUUGAACGAUGAUAAUGUUAAAUUAGAUUCUUCUGCGGUGACAACGGAUUUGCAAAUAAUUGAUGCAGCAUAUGAUUUUUGUCAACGAUUGAAGACACGAAAUUUGUUCUUCAGAAAAUCUCAAGCGGAAGGUAUUGAAGAUCGAAAAUAUGUUCAGAGUGGCGAAUUGUCUGCAAAUCCAAAAUUUCAAAAAAUAAAUGCGACAACAAAUGAUAUGGAUGAACUUGUCAAAGGAUGUGUUUAUCCUGUAUAUUCAAAAUCAGGUCGACGCUACAUUGUCAAAGUUUCACCUGGUGGAGGCUUAGAAGCAUCAUUGCUUUUACAGGCCAAAAAAUUAAAUGAAAAUAAUGCAUCGAAGGAUGUAUGUUUGCCACUUCUUGUUGAUCACUGUUAUCAUCAUAUGUCAAGUACCAAUUUUUUCAUACUUGAAUUCUGCCAGUACGGUUCGUUGGAAAAGUUACUUGCAGAGAGUGGCGCAGUACCUAUACAUAAACAAUAUAUCGCCAAAAUUUUACGUGGAGUUACCACGGCACUUUAUUUCUUGCACUCUCAGUGCAUUUAUCAUGGAACAAUUUGUACAGCUAAUAUUUUGGUUGAUCAUCAAAUGAUAGGUCGAUUAACUGGUCUUACAGGAGCAAAUGAAAUUGUUGAAAAUGUAAACAACAAAAACAAACAUUUAUGUUUACCUAUGUAUGCUGCACCAGAAUCUAUAAAUCCUGAGGCUGAAUUACUACCGCAAGAUAUGUUUGCAAUGGGUGUUGUACUAUAUCGAUGUCUCACUGGUCGUAUGCCGAAAAGAAAACCGAACAGAACGAUUGAUUAUCAUGGAGUAAAAUCAUCAAUCAAUUUACCAAUAGAUUCAAAAAUGUGGCACACCGCACAACUUCUAAUGUCCGAACGUUUAGAUAUGAGAUUGACCGCUGGUCAGUUACUGCAUACCGACUGGAUUGAGAAUGCUGCAAACACUGUCAUAACUCAGAUUUUUAAUUGGAAUAAUUGA